AUGAACCGUAACCACACGUCAACAUCAGCUUCGGACAAGAAGAAGGCUAGCACAAACAUUGACCCAAACCUCCAGCAAAAAUCAAAGCCUUCUUCACCUUCUUCUACUAACAACAAGAACAAUGCCAAAUCUGCUUCUUCUUACGGAAUCAUGAUUCAGGAACAUCUCAAGACGUAUUUGGAAAAAGGUGAAAAGGGUACUUGGGAAGAACGUGGAAAAUUGAUUCAGUACGCCACUCAAUUUUCGAAAAAGAAUUAUGACAUGAUUGUCCAAUUAUUUGGUCCUAUCGUCUCAAGACUUCGCACUGAAUGGAUGAUGUAUUGUACAUAUAAGAAUUUAUAUGAGGCUGAAGUUCCUCCUAAUGGUGCCCGUCCUUCAUUGCUUAGUCACAACACAGUUUACAGGAAUAUGUUUGACAAUCUAUGUCCACAACACAAGAUGAGUUUGGUGUCCAAUUUAAUGUCUAAUUUCGUUCAUAGAAAAGUAUUGUCAGUCCAGUACUUAGACUUUAACAAGAAGGGUGAUGCAGAAAAUUCAUUUGAGUUCGAAGAGAGCAUUAAAUUGAAUGAGGCAGAUGACAAACUUGACACUUUUGCAACUCUUCAAUUUCUUCAAGACCUCAUUAUCAAGUGCAUCGAUGUGGAAAUCAUUUGGUAUGGCUCGUAUGAAAUGAGGAAAAGAUUGGACCCUUCUUUUAAUCCAGUAACAGCUGCGUUUCCACCAUUGGCGCUUAAGAAUGCAGAAAUGAACAUGAAACACUCCAUUGAGAACAAGAGGAUCAAGUUCAAUCGCAAGAACAGAACCGCUUUAGCAUCAAAAGAACACGAAGAGAUUGAAGCACAGAGUGACAACCAAACCACCCACGACAGUACACGUCAAAUUCUAUUUAAGGAAUAUCAAGACAUUCCUCAUGAGCAUGCUGAAAUGAUGAAAGAUACACUCCCGCAUAGAUAUACCGUCAGAAAGAUGAUUGCUGAUUUAGUUUUCAACAACUUUGUUGACAACGAAGACAAGCCCAAGAUAUCAAAGACACUACACAAGAAUGAGUGUUUUUCUGAUUGGAUUUUGAUGAUUGCUGCUAUAUUCAACCAUGUGCUUCUAGUUUAUGUUCCAGAUUCAAUUCAUGAUUUAAUCACUGUUGACAUACCUUUAGAUCCAUUAGCAUCUGAAUUUGAUUUCCAAGCCAAAUGGAUCAAAGACAGACAAGCAAAGUACGAGGCUACUUUUUCAAUCGAUCGUGUAUCAAAGGAUUUUAAAAGGUUGUUAACAUACGGACCUAAAGAAAAGUUAUGUUCUUGUUGCCAAGGUCGUAGAGAAGCACAAGACUCGAUAUUACCUUUGGUCCAUCCAGCCAAAUACAGAAUGAAGUAUAGAAUGAACUGCGCUUACUGUCGUAGCAAGCUUGGAAAGUAUUUAUGUGCCUCUUGUCAUGUUGAAAGAUAUUGCAGUGUUGAAUGCCAAAAAGCUCACUGGAAGGAUCACAAGCAUCUUUGUCAUGACAUUUGCGCUAUGGAUAACAUUAGAAAAGAAGUACUUGCUCAGUUUAACAAGGAAGAGAAUCAAUAA